AUGUCUGACGAAUACAUGAUCAAGCCUGAAAACGUGGCGCCAUCUACUGACGCCAGCGAAUGGCCCUUGCUGUUGAAGAACUAUGACAAGCUUCUGGUUAGAAGUGGUCAUUAUACGCCCAUUCCACACGGUUCCUCUCCUCACAAGAGAGAUUUGAAAUCUUACGUGAGCUCCGGUGUGAUCAAUCUGGACAAACCUUCGAACCCAUCGUCGCAUGAAGUUGUGGCUUGGAUUAAGCGUAUUCUACGUUGUGAGAAAACUGGUCACUCUGGUACUUUAGACCCUAAGGUUACUGGUUGUUUGAUUGUGUGUGUCGACAGAGCCACCAGAUUGGUCAAAUCGCAACAAGGUGCCGGUAAAGAGUACGUGUGUAUUGUCAGACUUCACGACGCCCUAAAGGACGCCAAAGAUCUAGGAAGAGGCCUAGAGAAUUUGACCGGUGCACUCUUCCAAAGACCUCCCUUGAUUUCCGCUGUUAAGCGUCAACUACGUGUGCGUACCAUCUAUGACUCCAAUUUGAUCGAGUUCGAUGACAAGAGAAACCUUGGAGUGUUCUGGGCUUCUUGUGAAGCUGGUACUUACAUGCGUACUUUGUGUGUCCAUCUUGGUAUGUUACUUGGGGUUGGUGGCCAUAUGCAGGAAUUGCGUCGUGUUAGAUCCGGUGCCAUGUCUGAAAACGAUGACCUAGUCACUUUGCAUGACGUUAUGGACGCCCAGUGGGUCUACGACAACACCAGGGACGAAACAUAUUUGAGAAAAAUCAUCAAGCCUUUGGAGACAUUGUUGGUGGGAUAUAAGAGAAUUGUGGUCAAGGAUUCGGCAGUUAAUGCUGUUUGUUACGGAGCUAAAUUGAUGAUUCCCGGUCUGCUGCGUUACGAAGAAGGCAUUGAGUUAUACGAUGAGGUCGUGCUAAUGACCACUAAAGGUGAGGCUAUUGCUAUUGCUAUUGCACAAAUGUCGACCGUUGAUCUAGCCACUUGUGACCACGGGGUCGUGGCAAAGGUCAAACGUUGCAUCAUGGAAAGGGACCUAUAUCCCAGAAGAUGGGGUCUAGGUCCUGUCGCACAAAAGAAGAAGCAAAUGAAGGCAGAUGGUAAGUUGGACAAGUAUGGAAGAGCUAACGAGCAAACACCUGAAGAAUGGAAGAAGAGCUAUGUUUCUCUAGAGACGGAUCAACCAGUAGCUCAGAUAACUGCUAAGGUCACAGAAAGUACCUCAAGUGCCACUUCCCAAACUGCCCCAGUUGAGGUAGUUAAGGAAGAAGUGAAGACCGAAACUCUAGUGAAGGAAGAUGAUGGCGAGGAGGCCGAGAAGAAGGAGAAGAAAGACAAGAAGGAGAAGAAGGAGAAGAAGGAGAAGAAAGAAAAGAAGGAGAAGAAAGACAAGAAAGACAAGAAGAGAAAGUCUGAAGGUGACGAUUCUUCUGAGAAGAAAAAGAAGUCCAAGAAAUGA